GGGAGUGAGGUAGAUAGCCGGCUGAGAUCAAUCAUUGGAACUCUUCACUGUAAUCUCCCUGAACAAGACUCUAGGGAUGUCCAGGGUGGACUUGGCUAUCCUCGUGGUUUCUAAAGAGCCUAAAGUGAAAUGAAUUGCUGACGUAGCGACAGCAGUCCUGUCUUCUCUUGAACCCAACCUAAGCGCUUUACCGCACAGAUCUCCAGAGGCCGAGAAAUGGGGACCAAGGAAAUGCCUCUUUUCUAAUGAAUGCAGUACAGUUGGCGAUUCUUGCGGCUACUAGAGACGUCCCCAACCGCAGCAAAGUGAGAGUAGGGUCGGCAAGGUUCUGCAGAGCCAAGGCUGGGAGGCGCCUCCGUUCAGUCCCCGUGGGUGUAGAUUUGCGAACUGAGAAUGAAGCGGAGAGCAUCAGACAGAGGAGCUGGGGAAACGUCGGCCAAGGCCAAGGCUCUAGGGAGUGGCAUUGCUGGAAAUAAUGCCAAGAGAGCAGGGCCUUUCAUCCUGGGUCCCCGUCUGGGCAACUCACCAGUACCAAGCAUUGUGCAGUGUUUGGCAAGGAAAGAUGGCACGGAUGACUUCUAUCAGUUGAAGAUUCUCACCCUUGAGGAGAGAGGGGAGCAAGGAAUAGAGAGCCAAGAGGAAAGGCAGGGCAAGAUGCUACUGCACACCGAGUACUCGCUGCUCUCCCUGCUGCACACACAGGACGGCGUGGUCCACCACCACGGGCUCUUCCAGGACCGCACCUGUGAAGCAGUUGAGGACACAGAGUCCGGUCGGAUGGUGAAGAAGAUGAAGAAACGCAUCUGCCUCGUCCUUGACUGCCUCUGUGCACACGACCUCAGCGACAAGACCGCCGACCUCAUCAACCUGCAGCACUAUGUCAUCAAGGAGAAGAGGCUCAGCGAGCGGGAGGCUGUGGUCGUUUUCUACGAUGUGGUCCGAGUGGUGGAAGCCCUGCACCAGAAAAACAUCGUGCACAGAGACCUGAAGCUUGGGAACAUGGUGCUCAAUAAAAGGACCCAUCGGAUAACUAUCACCAACUUCUGCCUUGGGAAACACCUUGUGAGUGAGGGGGACCUGCUGAAGGACCAGAGGGGGAGCCCUGCCUACAUCAGUCCUGAUGUGCUCAGUGGCCGGCCAUACCGGGGCAAGCCUAGUGACAUGUGGGCCCUGGGUGUGGUUCUCUUCACCAUGCUCUACGGCCAGUUCCCCUUCUACGACAGCAUCCCACAGGAGCUCUUCCGCAAGAUCAAGGCUGCGGAAUACACCAUCCCCGAGGAUGGGAGGGUCUCUGAGAACACAGUGUGUCUUAUCCGGAAACUGCUGGUCCUUGACCCUCAGCAACGCCUGGCCGCUGCGGAUGUCCUUGAGGCCCUCAGUGCCAUCAUUGCAUCUUGGCAGUCCCUGUCCUCUCUGAGUGGGCCUUUACAAGUGGUUCCUGACAUUGAUGACCAAAUGAGCAAUUCUGACAGCUCCCAGGAGGCAAAGGUAACAGAGGAAUGCUCCCAGUACGAGUUUGAGAACUACAUGCGACAGCAACUGCUGCUUGCUGAAGAGAAAAGCUCCAUUCACGAGGCCCGGACAUGGGUGCCCAAGCGGCAAUUUGGUAGCAUGCCACCAGUGCGGCGGCUGGGACAUGAUGCACAGCCCAUGACUUCCUUGGACACAGCCAUCCUGGCACAGCGCUAUCUGCGGAAAUAGUGCCCUCAGCUAGGGCACCAGCCCCAGCACAGCUCUCCUCAGCCCAGCCAUCCGGCCUAGGCCCAGCCCAGCAGUGCUGGACUGACUCCCAGGCUGCUAUAGGGACAGGGCAGGGAUAGGGACAGCCCAGGUCACAGCCAGGGUCAACAGAGGUACCACAAAGCUACCUUUUGGGAUGAUUGCUUGAUUGGUUUUUGUUUUUUUGGGUUUUUUUUUUUGUUUGUUUUUUUAAUCUGAGAAUUCUAGAUACCUGAUCUGCUUUUAAUCAUGACAUUUUAAUCUACCUCUGUCUACCUAACCAUGCUGUCUCUGGUCCGAGUGCCGGGAGGAAAGAGGGGAGCCUAUGCUCGCCAUCCAGGCUCUGGAACAGCUACAGCCUGGCCAGGCCACUGCUCCUCACAGUCCAUAUAAGCUGACCUUGCAGCUCGCUACUGGCCCCCAGUAAGCACCCUUGCCACUGACCAUGUCCCCACCACUACCCCAGGGCCCGCCCCCAGUCUAAGCUUUGGAACACUUUCACCUCAUCUCCCGCCCAAUUCAAAUAUAUUUAUUUUUUUACUGCACCCAACUUCUCUGCCCCCCAGCCUGGCUGGAUAAUGGGCCCACAUCUCUAUGUAGGCUCCCUUCUCGCCCCCAGGCACCUAGGAGUUCUCUUGCCAGUUAUCCUCUGCUCUCACCCACUGGGCCCUUUGUUUGUCACUUGGCUCUUUGUCUGUCUCAGUAGCUUCUCUGAGGUGCUGCACGUGCGCAUUAGCCCUGCCUCCUCCAUCCUCUUGUGGUAUGCAGGUGACAUGGACGUGGUGUGAAGGGACCUGUGGCCAUCCCAGGGCAGAUGCCUACCUAGGGGUGGAAGACUUGGAGAAAACCUGUAGGGAACGGGGACCUACCUACCUACCUGGCUUGAGAACAGCCCUGCUAUCCUUUUUGAGCCGAAAUUUUGAAGUGGAUGCCCGUCUUGCCAGAAAUGCUGUUCUCUCCAGAAUGCCCCUUCCUGCACUGGACUUGGCACACCCAGUACCAAGCAAAGACCCAAUUUUGGAGGCCUACACCCUGUGUACCCUCAGAGAGGACGAUCGAUGUCCCCCUCCUGGCAGUCCUAGACUUCCUGCCUCUUGCUCUCCAGUGGGGGAGGCCAUGUUUCCUAGAGUGUGAGCUGCCCCUCACCCCCUGAAAAGCUGACUCACUGUGAGUGACCUUGGGCAAGUUCCCAAAAAAAAAAAAAAAAAACCUCCUUGUGCCUCAGUUUCCCCAUCUGGAAAAAAUGGGGCCACCUCUUGCCAGCCGUAGCAGGGCCGCCCAUGCCCCUUCCUCCCCAUAUCCCCUAUCUAGCCCUGGGCGCCUGUGCCUCUGUUUUGCUGGGUCUGCAGGAACCCACCUGAGCCCAGCACUUCCCCUAGCACCCAGCCCUGCCUCUAGUUCAGCCAUCUGGCCGCUGAGAGUCAGGGCAUGGUGCUGGGGGCAGUGGGGGCUCUUUUCUAUAUUUAUUUGAUAACAAAAAGUCUCCUAAGGGAGCAGAAAUGCAGUCAGCCUGGACUCCAGCCCAUGACUGCCCUCCAGUGAGGCUCUGAGGCCUGGUUAAGGGCCCUCCUGGGUGGAGCCCCUGCCUAGUGUCUUAGGCCUGCAUCCAUAGUCCUCCUUUUAAAAGCAAUACCUUCAGGUCUGCAGAGCCCAUCAGACCGCCUGAUUCCUGCCGAGGUCAACCCUAGGACUGAUGGUAUUUUUGGCAAUGCAGAUAAGAGGAGGUUGGGCCUUCCCUCACUGGUGUCAUACACUGAGAAGUCCUAUUGUAAAGAAAAAACAAAAACAAACAAACAAAAAAAAACAAAAAAAAAAAACAAAAUGGAAAAAGUCACAAAAAAGUUUGUAUAAAGACGUAUUUUUGUACUACAUGGGGACUCUUCCUGCAUGUCAGCAAUAAAACUUCCUGAUCUGGAGCCACCAUGGCCUGC